AUGCCGCUGCGUCGACGACGACCGUCGAGCGAGGACGAGGACGAGGCGGACGACGAUGCGAUCGCGGCGCUGCGUCGAGCGGAGGCGGUGCGACGGGCGCGGCGACGGAAACGAGGCAUGUGCGCGGAGACGCUGGUGACGGGGGAAUCGAAGACGUUGGACGACGACGACGCGCGGGAGGGGCGAGUGGGGACGUCGAGGACGGAGACGCGGAUGCUGGGCACGACCGGGGCGUUCGCGCGGGGUGGAACGGUGUUGGCGGGGCGGGAGGUGGUGGGAGACGGCGCCGCGGCGGGACGCGACGGCGGCGCGGCUGCGCGCGGGACGGGCGCGACGGAGGAGGCGCGAGUGACGGCGUACGUCGAGGAAGAGCUGCGAAGACGACGCGGGGAGAUGGAUGGAGCGAACGAGAACGUCGAUGGGGGGGGUGGGGGGAUGACGGACGACGGCGCGGACGGCGACCACCGAGGCGCGAAGUGCUGGCUCACCGCCAUCGAGGAAGUCGACGUCUCGGUGGAGCGACGGAUGCAAAACAUCGAGGAGACGGAGCGGGCGAAGCGGGCGAUGCUGGACGGUGCGCGACCGGGCGAGGUCGGCGCGUUUGAGGUGCUCAAGCCGUCACACGUGGACGUCCGCGAGGCGAAGAAGCGUCCGCCGCCGAGCGAAAACGCCCUCGCGCGCGCGCGGUUCGUCGGUGGCUUUGGCGCCAAGCACGAUCGUCAGCGAGCCACGGAAGAGAAUAAGCGCGAUAAGGAGCGCAGGAAGAAUUUUUUCAAGAAGAAGCGCAAGCGAUAG